UUGAACCUGCUGAGCCGGGCCGCCCCCUCUCCACACCCACUCCCAGCACCUGGCCCGACCUAUCGGCUGGCAGCUACGCCUCCUUUACCCUAAUGUCUUGCCUCCGCACCCUGCGCGGGCCCAGUACUCGGCCGUCAGCGGGAGCUGCCAGGCUCUGGAGGGCGGCCCGGAAACCAUGGAGGUCCUCGUCCUGGCCGGAUACCGCGCGCAGAAGGAGGACGAGCUGAGUCUGGCGCCCGGGGACGUGGUCCGGCAGGUGUGCUGGGUGCCCGCGCGGGGCUGGCUUCGCGGAGAGCUAGGGGGCCGCUAUGGCCUCUUCCCCGAGCGCCUGGUGCAGGAGAUCCCAGAGACCCUUCGGGGUUCCAGAGAGGCGCGGAGACCGCGCUGUGAGCGCCGCCGAGGUCAUCCUGCCAAAUACCCGAGGCCCCAAAGAUGGUGCAAAGUGAACUUCAACUACAGCCCAGAGCAGGCGGACGAGCUGAAGCUGCAAGCUGGGGAGAUCGUGGAAAUGAUAAAGGAGAUUGAGGACGGCUGGUGGCUGGGGAAGAAGAACGGGCAGCUGGGAGCCUUCCCAUCCAACUUUGUGGAAUUGCUGGACACUGGGCCCCCAAGCUUUGGUAACCCAGACAUGGCUUCAGUCAGCCCUGGUCCCCAGCGACCUCCCAAGCUGAGCAGCCUGGCCUAUGACAGCCCUCCAGACUACCUGCAGACAGUCUCCCACCCUGAGGCUUACAGGGUCCUGUUUGACUACCAGCCUGAGGCCCCAGACGAGUUGAUGCUGCGGAGGGGGGACGUGGUGAAAGUACUCAGCAAGACCACAGAGGAUAAGGGCUGGUGGGAAGGAGAGUGUCAAGGACGAAGAGGAGUUUUUCCAGACAACUUCGUACUCCCACCACCGCCAAUCAAGAAGCUGGUCCCGCGGAAAGUGGUAUCUCGGCAAUCAGCUCCUAUUAAGGAACCAAAAAAGUUGAUGCCCAAAACAUCCCUCCCCACAGUCAAGAAACUAGUGACAGCUGCCACUGGGCCCAGCAAAGCCAAGACAUCUCGGACACCCAGCAGGGACAGUCAGAAGCUCACUUCCCGAGACUCAGGCCCCAAUGGUGGCUUCCAAAGUGGGGGUUCAUGUCACCCUGGCCGAAAGCGAUCCAAAACCCAGACUCCCCAACAACGCUCUGUGUCCAGUCAGGAGGAAGAGCACAGCAGCCUGGCAAAGGCCCCCUCUGUGAAGAGAACCCCCAUGCUGGACAAGACCACAACCCCAGAGAGGCCCCCAGCUCCAGAGAAUGCCCCCGGCUCCAAGAUCCCGGUUCCUGGCAAGGUCCCCUCCCCAGAGAAGACCCUCACUCUAGGUGACAAGGCCUCUAUCCCAGGGAGCUCCACCUCAGGGAAGAUCCCAGCUCCUGACAUAGUCCCCACCCCAGAGAGGAUGGUGACUCCAGAGGACAAGGCCUCUAUCCCAGAGAACUCCAUCCCAGAGGAGGCCCUGACUGUGGACAAACCCUCCACUCCAGAGAGGGUCUUUUCAGUGGAAGAGGCCAAUGCCCCAGAAGUCCCACCAAUGGAUAAAGUCCCUGAUCCAAAGAUGGCCCCUCUGGGGGAUGAGGCCCCCACCCUAGAAAAGGUCCUGACCCCAGAGCUUUCUGAAGAAGAGGUGUCCACCAGAGAUGACACUCAAUUCCAUCACUUCUCUUCGGAGGAAGCCCUGCAGAAGGUCAAGUCCUUUGUAGCCAAAGAGGCUCCAUCAUCCCAGGAGAAGGCCCACACACCAGAGGCACCCCUACUCCAGCCUCCUUCCUCAGAGAGGUGUCUGGGAGAGAUGAAAUGUCCCCUAGUUAGAGGGGACAGCUCCCCACACCAGGCUGAGUUGAAGUCUGGGCCAGCAUCCAGGCCUGCCCUUGAGAAGCCCCACCCCCAGGCAGAGGCUACAACCCUUCUAGAGGAGGCACCUUCCAAAGAGGAGAGGACCCCUGAAGAGGAGGCAUCCACCAACGAGGAGAGGCCUCUGAGAGAGGAGGUGCUCCCGAAAGAGGGAGUGGCUUCCAAAGAGGAGGUGCUCCUCAAAGAGGGAGUGGCUUCCAAAGAGGAGGUGCUCCUCAAAGAGGGAGUGGCUUCCAAAGAGGUGCUCCCCAAAGGGGGAGUGGCUUCCAAAGAGGAGGUGCUCCCCAAAGAGGGAGUGGCUUCUAAAGAGGAGGUGCUCCCCAAAGAGGGAGUGGCUUCCAAAGAGGAGGCUACCCCGAAAGAGGAAGUGGCUUCAAAAGAGGAGGUGCCCCCUAUAGAAACAGCCUUUGCCCAAAAAACACAUCCUAUCAAGCCGUCUCCAGACUCCCAAGAGACACUCACGCUGCCCUCCUUGCUCCCGCAAAAUUGCACGGAAAACAAGAAUGAGGGAGUUGAUGUAACGUCGCUGAGGGGCGAAGUGGAGUCUCUAAGGAGGGCGCUGGAGCUGAUGGGGGUGCAGCUGGAGAGGAAGCUGACCGACAUCUGGGAGGAGCUGAAGAGCGAGAAGGAGCAGCGCCGGCGGCUGGAGGUCCAGGUGAUGCAGGGGACCCAGAAGUCCCAGACCCCGGGCAUCAUCCACGCGCAGACGCAGACCUACUGAGGGCGGGCCUGGGAAGGGACCACGGCCCGACCUGGCUGGGGCCACCCACGUCCUUGCACACGACUUUGGGAAACGCGAGAAAGUAAACUCUGCCUUGCAAGGCGCCACGCCGGUCUGGUCGCUAGGGGCGGGGCCUGCGCGGGGGCAGGGCCUGGGCCUCCGCAUUCCUGACGGUCCCUCCCGGGCACAUCUGUCCAACAUGUGGCUCCCAUUACCGUU